UUUCUUUGAUAAAAAUUAUUCGUACUGUAUCACUCCGUUGAUCUUUAGUCUGUUCGUUUAGUGCUCUUUUUCGCGACCAAUUUACAGUUUAAACAAUAUUGUAAUCAGUCGAUUCUUAACGAAUAUUUCACUUGGUGAAAAUGAUAAGAUUAAACCCUACAAGAUUGGAGCUUAGAAUAGAAGACCUAAAUGAAUUCUCUGAAAUUAAAAAUGAAUUUGAAGCUUUUAAAAAAGCUAAAGAUGAAAAACAAAGAAAUUUAUUAGGUACCAAUGUACCCACCAACUCAAAAACAAAACAAGAAGCAGUACAAGAAAGAAUAGGAUUUGUUCCUCGUCCCAGACAUUCAUCACAAUGAAUAAAAAAAAAAAAUGUCUGAUAAUUUAACAUUUAAAAUUUAUUUUUAUCGUAAUUUUAUUAAUGUA